CUUAAACUAAAAGUAGCCUUAUACCUUUUAUUUUAACUAAAUUUUUUUGCUUAGAACGAAUUUAUACCAGCUUCACAGAAAUAGUAUAAGCAUGUCAUAUUUAUUAUAUCACAUAUUUUGGAAGUUCAAAUAGCUUCGUGUUUUCUUUGUCAAUAGAUAAUGUAAAUUAAGCAGCCAUGUUUCCAGAUAGUGAUUCAGAUUCAUCAGACUCCAGCAGCAAUAGUGAAAAUUCCUCUUCAGCAUCGUCUUCAAAUUCCUCUUCAUCAUCAUCAGAUUCUGAGAGUAGUCCUUCUCCUUCGCCGACUCCUGCGAACAAUAAUCGUCCAAGUCGUUCAGAUGUAUACAAGUACGCAUUAGAGCAACCUGAUCUUUAUGGCAUCAGACGCUCAACAAGAACCAAAAGAGACAGCGAACCUCAUGAACUUGUUCAACAACCUCAGAGAAGAAAACGACGCUAUUCCAGUUCAGAUGAUUCGGAUUAUUCGGGUAGUGACGAUCAGAAUUCAUUCAGGAAAGGCCGAUAUUCUGACGCGAAAAGAAAACCUGCCAGAAAAGGUGGAAAAGUUGUUAGUUAUCGGGAAGCAUCUGAUGAUGACCAAACUGGAUCGGAUGACUUAAUUGAAUGCCAAUACGAAGUAGAAACUGAUAAUGGCUAUGACACAAUUGAAAAAGUUAUGACCCAUCGGUUUGGAAAACUUGGUGCUACAGGCGUUAAAACUGUCAUUUAUUCCGAAGAAAGAGAUCUUAAUCCGAUAGGAAGUGAUAAAGAAAGAGAAAAACAGUAUUUAAUAAAAUGGAAAAAUUGGUCCCAUAUCCAUAAUACUUGGGAAAGUCGCCAAUCCCUAAUUGAACAGAAAGCAAAUAACUUAAAACGAUUGGAGCUAUAUGAGAAAAAAGAGGAAGAAAUCCGACUUUGGAAAGAUAUUGCUAGCAUAGAAGAUGCUGAAUACUUUGAAUGUCAACUAGAAAUGAUGAUGGAACUGCAGGAUCAGUACACUCAGGUUGAACGGAUAGUUUGCGAGAGAGCUAUAACUGGAGAUAGAUUUCGAGAUAAAUCUGACGAUUAUGAUCAGCCUUACACCAGCAAGUACGAAUACUUUGUCAAAUGGUGUAAUCUACCCUAUUCAGAAUGUAGUUGGGAAGAUGCAAAUUUAAUAAAACGUAUGUUUCCACUUGCUGUGAUUCAAUUUGAAAGUCGCAAGCAUCUUGCUCUUCCUAGCUUUAAAGAAAUUAGAACGUGGCAUGCUAGAGCGCAGUUUCGUCGAAUCACAGAACAACCAAGUUUUAUCGCCAGUGGAGAUAGCUCUUUGAAGUUAAGAGAUUACCAAUUAGAUGGCUUAAAUUGGUUAAUUCACGCUUGGGUCAAAAGACAUGGCUGUAUUCUUGCUGAUGAAAUGGGCUUAGGUAAAACCAUUCAAACUAUAUCCCUCCUCAAUGUACUGCUUAAAAUAUACAACGUUGCUGGACCAUAUUUACUAGUCGUACCUCUGUCAACAAUUAUGACCUGGCAAAAAGAGUUUGCCACUUGGGCACCCGAUAUGAAUGUCUUAGUUUACCUUGGCGAUCAAAAAAGCCGUGAAACGGUUAGAAAUUAUGAAUGGCAACACGCCAGUACUCGAAAAUGGAAAUUUAAUGCUCUUAUAACAACGUAUGAACUCUUAUCUAAAGAUAAACAAGAACUUGGAGUUGUUCAAUGGGCGGUCCUUGCAGUUGAUGAAGCUCAUCGUUUAAAAAAUGAUGAUUGUCAGUUAUAUAAAAUUCUUUCAAGCUUUUCAACAGACCACAGACUUUUGAUAACUGGAACGCCAUUACAAAACUCUCUUCGCGAAUUGUGGUCUUUAUUACAUUUCAUUAUGCCUGUUAAAUUUGAUGAUUGGGGAGAAUUUGAAGAAAAAUAUUCUGAUGAUAGUAACUUUUUUGCACUACAUCGCCGUCUCGAACCUUUCCUACUUAGAAGGGUCAAAAAAGACGUUGAAAAAUCUUUACCUUCAAAAACUGAACAAAUUCUUCGUGUCGCAAUGACAAGCAAGCAAAAGCAAUACUAUAAAUGGAUUCUAACAAAAAAUUACGAAGCACUUAGCAAAGGCGUUAAAGGUUCAAUUACAGGGUUUAUUAAUAUUGUUAUGGAAUUAAAAAAAUGUUGCAAUCAUCCUUAUCUUGUCCGCCAGCCGGAUGAGGGCAUGAGUAGGGAAAGUUUAGAAGCGUUUAUAAAAAGUUCUGGUAAAUUAAUUCUUCUUGAUAAAUUGUUAUUGCGGCUUAAAGAAGGUGGACAUAGGGUAUUAAUUUUUUCGCAAAUGGUUAUGAUGUUGGAUAUUUUGGCUGAAUACCUACAAAGAAGACGUUUUGCUUUUCAAAGGCUAGAUGGGUCAAUUAAAUCAGAACAGAGACGUCAAUCGAUGGAUCAUUUCAAUGCUGAAGGUUCACCAGAUUUCUGCUUUCUGUUAUCCACAAGGGCUGGUGGUCUAGGUGUUAACCUUGCUACUGCUGAUACCGUUAUAAUUUUUGAUUCUGACUGGAACCCUCAAAACGACCUUCAGGCCCAAGCUAGAGCUCACCGUAUUGGUCAGAAGAAACAAGUUAGCGUCUAUCGAUUGGUAACCAAAGGAUCUGUUGAGGAAGAUAUCCUUGAAAGAGCAAAAAAGAAAAUGGUACUUGAUCAUCUAGUCAUUCAAAGUAUGGAUACAACUGGUCGGGCUGUGUUAAAUAAUAAGCAGAGAAGAGAAAAUAAUCCGUUUAACAAAGAUGAAUUAUCGGCCAUUUUGAAAUUUGGAGCUGAGGAUCUAUUUAAAGAAGACGAAGAUGAAGAUGAUGUAGAAUUAGAUGAUAUUUUGCGGAGGGCCGAAACCCAUACAACUGAAGAUCAUUCGUCAAAUGCGGACGGUUUAUUAUCUCAAUUUAAAGUUGUUAAUUUUGAUAAUUUGGAACACGAAGAAAUUGAACAACGCCAUUGGGAUUCAAUAAUACCAGAAUCAGAAAGAAAGAAAUAUAAUGAAGAAGAACGAGAGAAAGAGAUUAGGAAAUUAAAUUUAGGACCAAGGAGCAGAAAGAACAUAAGUUAUAAAGAAGGAAAAAAGCGCGAUGAUAGCGCUUCCGCAGCCAGUGAUGAUGACAUAACGCCGAAAAAGAAACGUGGUCGGGUAGGAUAUUUCAAAAAUAUGACCAUGUCUGAGGUACGCCAGUUCAUAAAAAGUUUUAAGAAAUUUCCUCGACCGCUGGAGAGAUUAGAAGAUAUUGCAGCUGAUGGUGAUCUAAAACAAAAAAAUAUAGGAGAUUUGAGGAAGUUAGGUGAACGUCUUCUAGAAGAAUGUAGAGAUGCCAUGACACAGUAUGACGAACGUAUAAAAUAUGAUCCUACUACAGAAAAUAAAAAAACUCAUAAAGGACCAACGAUUACACUAGGCUCAAUAUCUGUCAAAGCAAAACAAAUAUUGACAGCAAUCAAUGAAUUAGAGCCUUUAGCCAAAGUAAUACCUACCAAUCCACUCGAACACAAAAAAUUCAAACUAGAAACCAAAACAAAGGCGGCACAUUGGGAAUGUGAUUGGGAUGUCACUGACGAUUCUACACUACUGCUAGGAAUCUAUAAGAAAGGUUUAGGAAAUUGGGAAGCUAUAAAACAUGAUAGCGAAUUGGGUUUAGGUAAUAAAAUAUUGCCGGAAGGCGAUAAAAAACCUCAAGCUAAGCAUCUUCAGGCUAGAUUCGAAUACCUCAGUAAAAUUUUAACAAAAAUGUUGGAAAAUGCUGCUCAUGGACAACCAGAGCCUAAGGCGAAAAAGAAGAAGAAAAUUAAUAAAAUUAACAAACCUUUAAAAAUAAUAGUCAAGAAGGAAGAAGAAAAAGUUAUUCCUGUUGAGACCCACGAAUCUGUUCCGGAAACUAACAAAGAAAAAAUAAAGGAGGCCGAGGAAAGUCAAGAUGAUGGCAUUAACGAACUAACUGAGGAGGAAUUUAAAGAAUGUAAAGAGAAGAUGAGGCCUGUUAAGAAAGCUUUGAAAAGGUUAGAUAAUAGCGAAGAUCAAUCGGAUUUGUCAACUGCAGAGAAAGUUUAUCGAGCGCAACAGUUAUUACUCGAAAUAGGAGAUCAUAUCAAUGAAGUUCUUAAGAAGAGAUCAGAUCCCGAUAGGAUAAAGCGAUUACGAGCCAACUUGUGGAAGUUUGUUUCAAAAUUUACCGAUAAACAUCCAACGAAGUUAUAUAAAAUGUACAAACACUCAAUUAAAAGGAGGCGAGAGAGAGAGCAACACAAUGGAAAGUCAGAGAAAAGUCGGAUGGCGGAAAAUCCUAUUUCGAGUCCAAGUUAUAAUCAACAAAAAUCGGCAUACUCGCGACCUCCUGAAUUCAAACAUAAACCAUCAGGCUGGUCCGGAAAGUCGUCUCAAGAACGAUGGCAUAGAUCCAGUCACUCAUCAAAUUAUAAGGAAAGAAAACGCCACCUACAAAACAAUUCCGGCUAUCACCGCCAAAAAGAGGCGAGACGAACACCUACAUCUUGGCACAACAGUUGA